UAUAUAAAAAAUAUUAAAGAGAGAGAAGCGAAGAGAGUGGGGGAAAAGGAAUCACACAUGAGGGUGUCUUUCUCGGUCUAACAUUUUCUAUCCCGUCGUCUCCGGGGAAGGCAAAAUCCAAACUGACUAUAAUUUUUUGGGGUUUGACUCUUUACAAACUCUAUAGACCUUGUGCUCUUCUUCACUUCCACUACUUCUUCUCUAGUGUCAUUUUCCGCGAUAUACUCUCGAGGAGGAACACUAUACCCAAAUCCCCUACUUCUAACUUCAUUUCUCUCUCUUUCUACUUCAUUACUUUUUGUUAUCUCCCCUUUUCUUUUCUAUUUUCCUUAACAAACCCACACAUCUAUCCCUCUCCCAUUAUCCGCUGUAUGUUCACAUAUCUUUUUCUUAUUCUCCUCUGUUUUGUUAACUUAAUUCUCUUCAACCUUCAUGUUAAGCUCAUCCCUUUGAGCUAGCUAUAUCCAUCUCCUUUGCAAAAAUAUCUCCUCAGAGCUAAUUAGAGUUAAGUAUAAAGCAAAAGAAAAAAGGACAAAGGAAAAAAAAAAGACCUGUACCCACUUGCUCAAUCAUCAACAAUAUACAUUUUUUUUUUCUUUACUUCUCUUCCUCUUUAAGUUGGAGUAAUUAAGCAAGAAAAGUAACCUAGUUAGAUAUUUGGAAAACUAGUUGAGAAGGCAGGGAAAAAUAUGCCCUUGGAGGGGAUUUUCAUUGAGGCAGCUUCUUCAACCGCAGCAGCAGUACUUCCUGAUCUUUCUCUCAACAUAAGUCCUCCCAACACUACGAGUACUUGCUCCUCUUCUGCUGCCGCCGCAGCCCUUGACGAUGCACGGUUCGAUCUCGAUCUCUCAUGCCGAAGAAGGGAAUCAGAUAACCACAAUUCAUCAACCACUUGUAGCAGUAGUAGUACUGCUACUAACACCUCCAAAGCACACACCGACCUCUCUUUAGGGAGAUUAAGCUUGAUGAGUAGUGCCAGUACUCUCAACGGAGCUGGGGACCCACCCCAAAACCCUUAUCAACAACACCAUCCUCAUCCUCAUCAUCUAUAUAACCAUACAAUGAAUCGCGGCAGUGGCGGUGGAGGUGGCCUUUCGCUUCUAGAUGUGUCGGCCGAUGCUUUCCGUCCUAUCAAGGGGAUUCCGGUCUAUCACAACCGCUCAUUUCCUUUCUUGUCUGCGGAUAACACAAGGGUGGUUGAUCAUGUUAAGGAUCCCAAGAUGUGCUUCUACCAAAUGGCGCCUUCACUAUCAGGGGCUGCAGCGACACCUUACUUUGGUGGUAGAGGAGGAGGGGUGUUGGAUCCGAUGUCGAUGCUGAGCUCUCCGGGUCUUCCAAAUGGCUCUUCCGUGGCUGCAGUAGCGGCUUAUAGAGCGGCGAGGCUCAACGGUUUAGCCGCAGCUGCCGAGGCCUAUAAAUCGGCCAAUAACCAACUGCAUCACCACCAUCAACUUCAUCAACACCAUCAUCAUCAUCUUCAUCACCACAACAAUCAGUACGGACAGACGGAGAUUAGUUCUCAUGGCACGAUGAGAGCUAGAUUUUUGCCGAAGCUGCCGACGAAACGUAGUAUGAGGGCUCCCAGAAUGCGCUGGACAAGCACCCUUCACGCUCGUUUCGUCCAUGCCGUUGAGCUUCUUGGCGGUCAUGAGAGAGCCACUCCAAAGUCAGUCCUUGAGCUCAUGGAUGUGAAGGAUCUCACCCUAGCUCAUGUUAAGAGCCAUUUACAGAUGUAUCGAACUGUUAAGACCACUGACAAGCCUGCAGCCUCUUCAGGGCAAUCAGAUGGGUCUGGAGAGGAUGAAAUGUCCCAGAUGGGAAUGAGCGGCUCAGAUAGUACGGGUGGUUUACGUACUCAAUAUGUGGACCAAAGAGGACCGUCCGAUCGUUCUAAUUUACAACCUGAUCAAAUGGACUACCAAAGCAGUCUUUGGAGUAACUCCUCCAGCGGAAGAGAGGUAUGGUCGUCUCGGAACAACUCCAGCGACAUAGAUGGGCUUCCACUACAGUCCUCAGUAAUAUCGCAACAAAUUCAGGAAUGCGAGUCAACUCGAGUCAAGAGUUAUGUAGAAAACAAAAACAAUUUUGAAGGAAAAAAUCCAAGCUUGGAGUUCACCUUAGGCAGACCAGGCUGGCAAGGCGAAGAAAUAUGACUACUCGUUAUUCUUUUCUUAAUCUCAUCUUUUUUUCUUUUUUCUUUCUUGUGUACCUUUCAUAUAUAUCAAUCUUCUUCUUCUUCUUCUUCUUCUUGCUCUUUUUUUUUCUUCAACACAUUUUACAAUAUUCCGGAACUGGUUUUGCAAUCUUCGUUGAUGAAAAUUAUAGAUCAUGAACAGAAGAGUGCACUGAUGUUUGGUGAAAAAGCCUUUGGCUAUAUGUAUGUAUAUGAGCUAAAUUUGCAAGAAUUCAAUUGAGGGUACUAAUGGAAAUACAACUUAAUUUUUGACGA